AUGUUGUUUCCAUUGGGUUGUCUUUUUGUGGUGUUGGCUGUGGCCGGACCCUGUCUUGUGGCGUCAGAAGGCAUAGAGACCUACGAGAACUACUACAACGAGAUCCAUGUGGACGACGAGCAGGCCGAGGCCAAAACACGCAACGCCUUGAAGUCGGAGUUUCAGCGAUGGCCUGGCAACAAGAUCUACUACCGCAUUUCCGGGGACUACAGCGAUCAGGAGGUGGCCAAUGUCCGGACGGCCAUGUCCAGCUUCAACGAGCAGACGUGUGUGCAGUUCGAGGAGAUUAAUGGAUCUCCGCCCGCAGGUCGUCGCUAUGUGUACUUCAAAAAGUCCCCGAACAUGUGCGGAACCCGAGUGGGCUAUAAUCCAAUACCCUUUGGCUCCCACGAUGUCCAGCUUAACGAGCGCUGUCUCACCAUGCCCGCUGUGAUCCAGCACGAGACGCUCCACCUCCUUGGUCUCUUCCACGAGCAGAGUCGCCCGGAUCGCAAUGAAUUCGUCCAGAUUGAAUACGACAACAUCCCUCGCAAGUACUGGUCGCAGUUCAUGGCCAUGAAUUCGACCACCACCUACAACGUCCCCUACGAUUACGAGAGCGUUAUGCAUUAUGCCAAGAAUGCCUUUGCCAAGGAUCCCACCAAGCCCACCAUUCGGGCCUUGGUUGACGGCAAGCCGGUGGAGCGCGAAUUGGGCCAGGUUCGGGGCCCAUCCGAGGGCGAUUGGACCAAGAUUCGUUUAAUGUACAAGUGUUAGACCGUCGAUAAUGGUGUUAUGGAAUUGGAUUGGUAAUAAAACUGGGCUAACUUA